GUCUCUCUCUCUCUCUCCGUCUGUAACCUAAACAAUGACUCCUACUACAGACCGGAGGACAGCACGCCAGUAGAAUGCGUUACCCAGCACGCAGCCCCUGCGUCUCGCUGCUACACCGACCCCUCGCUUAAAUGCGCCCACCGUAAACAUGUGGAUACCUACUGAGCAUGAGAAAUACGGCGUCGUGCUGGCCAGUUUCCGGGGGACCGUCCAGCAUGGCCUCCCACUGGAGAUUGGAGACACAGUGCAGAUCCUGGAGAAAUGUGAAGGCUGGUACCGAGGAUUCAUCUUGAAGAAUCCUAAUAUCAAGGGGAUCUUCCCUUGCAGCUACAUCCACUUGAAAAAUGCCCAUGUCAAGAAUAAAGGGCAAUUUGAGACCGUCACCCCUGUUGAAGACUCCGUCAUCACAGAGAUGACAUCAACGUUGCGAGACUGGGGUGCCAUGUGGAAACAACUCUACGUGAAGAACGAGGGGGAUUUGUUCCACCGGCUUUGGCACGUGAUGAAUGAAAUCCUGGACCUGAGGAGGCAGGUGCUGGUGGGCCACCUCACCCACGACCGCAUGAGGGAUGUGAAGCAGCACAUCACGGCGAGAUUGGACUGGGGCAACGAACAACUCGGCUUGGACCUGGUGCCCAGGCGAGAGUUCAGCAUGGUGGACCCAGAUGAAAUCAGCGUCACAGAGCUUUACAGACUGAUGGAACACCGGCAUCGUAAGAAGGAGACCACCGCACCCGCAAGCACCCAUCACUUGUUUGUCCACGUGAAGAGCCUGAUGAGCGCCAACCUGGGAGAGGAGCUCGAAGUCUUUUUCCACAUUUAUGACGGGCGAGAGAGCCGGCCGCUCAGUGAAAGGUUCUUCGUCAGGCUGAAUAAGAGCGGGUUGCCCAAGUCGCCGGAGAAGACGGAGAGACAAUGCACGCUGUUUGUGGAUUUGGGAAGCAGUGAUUUGCGAAAAGACGUCUACAUCAUUGUUCACAUCGUAAGAAUAGGGAGGAUGGGAGCAGGGGAGAAGAAGAACCUGUGUAGUGUGCAGUAUCGGCGGCCGUUUGGCUGUGCUGUCGUCAGCAUCGCCGAUCUCCUCACUGCUGACUCUAAGGACGACCACCUGCUCAAGGUUUAUGCGUGUAACACAGAGAGUGAGUGGUACCAGAUCCACGAGAACAUCAUCAAAAAGGCCAACUCCAGAUACAACCUGUCUGGAUCCAACACCGGCCUAGCUGUGGCUCUGCAGCUUCUCCACGGCGACAUCGAGCAGCUGAGACGGGAGUACAUGGUCCUCUUCACCCGCGGCGUGUCCAUCACCAGGAAACUGGGCUUCUCUGACGUCAUCAUGCCAGGAGAGAUGAGGAAUGACCUUUACAUCGCACUGGAGAAAGGAGAGUUUGAGAAGGGAGGGAAGAGUGUUGCCAGGAACGUAGAGAUCACGGUGUACGUGCUGGAUAUUGAUGGACAGAUUCUCAAGAGUCACGUGGCUGCCGGCUCGGGGGAACCAGGUGGGGACGAGUACCACUCCCUGGUGCUGUACCACAACAACAGUCCGCGCUGGGCGGAGCAGAUCAAGCUCCCCAUCCCGGUCGACAUGUUUCGGGGGUCGCACGUCCGCUUCGAGUUCCGACACUGCUCCACUAAAGACAAGGGGGAGAAGAAACUGUUUGGCUACUCCUUUGUUCCUCUGAUGCAGGAGGAUGGCAGGACUCUGCCAGAUGGCACCCAUGAGCUCAUUAUCCACAAGUGUGAGGAGAACACCAGCCUGGCCGACUGCUCGCGCUACCUGAAGCUGCCAUUCUCUAAGGCCAACCUCCCGUCCAACAACCAGACACUGAAGGGCACCAAGGAGUCUUUCUGGAUCACCAGCUUCCUCUGCUCCACCAAGCUCACACAGAAUGGUGAUAUGCUGGACCUGUUGAAGUGGAGAGCGCACCCCGAAAGGAUCAACGACAGCCUCUCUAAACUGAAGGAGAUCGAUGGCUCGGAGAUUGUCAAAUUUCUUCAGGACACCCUGGACACUCUCUUCGGCAUCCUGGAUGAAAGUUCUCAGAGAUACGGGCUGAAGGUGUUUGACUCACUGGUCCAUAUCAUCAACCUUCUCCAGGACAGCAAAUUCCAGCACUUCAAACCAGUCAUGGACACCUACAUCGAGAGCCACUUUGCUGGAGCUUUGUCCUACAGGGACCUGAUCAAAGUGCUGAAGUGGUACGUGGACCGCAUUGUUGACGCAGAGCAUCAGGAUCACAUACAGCAGGUCCUCAAGGCCAGCGAGUACAUCUUCAAGUACAUCAUCCAAUCUCGCCGGCUCUUCUCAUUGGCGACGGGAGGCCAGAGCGAGGAUGAGUUCAGGGUCUGCAUCCACGAGCUCUUCAUGUCCAUCCGCUUCUUCCUGUCGCAGGAAAACAAAGGCACCAGCCCCGUCGCACAAACACAGGCUGUGUUCCUGCGGACAUUUCCAGCCGUCUACGGCGAACUGCUGAAGAUCUUCACCGUGCGGGAGGUGGCCGGGUUCGUCAGGGAGAUGCUGGGCAGCCUGCCCACCACCGUCCACGCUGACUGCCCCCUGGAGGCCGUCAAACUGCAGUGCAUUGCCAAAACCGUGGAGAGCCAGCUUUAUAUUAACCCAGAAUCGCGGUGCAUCCUGCUGCCGGUGGUGCUCCGUGUCCUGCAGGCUCACAUGCAGGAGCAGAGAGACCUGGUCAUGUGCGCCCGCAUCCUCACCAGCAUGCUGUCGCUCAUCAAGAAGGAGGAGAAUGGUACCGCGGAGCCGGUGGUGUCUGAGGAGGUGGAGCUGAUUGUUGAGAGCCUGCUGGGAGUUCUCCUCAGGACCAUCCUGGAAAUUAGCAACCGGCCGCCGUCUGCUGGGCCCGCCAUGAGACUUCAGUGCCAGGAUGUCACUGACUUCCUCCUUCAGAUCUUCACAGUCUUCAGGAUCCUAAUCCGACCAGAAAUGUUCUCCAAAGACUGGACUGUCAUGCGGUUGGUCACCAACAAUGUCAUCAUCACAACGGUCCUGUACCUCUCCGACGCUCUGAGGAAAAACUUCCUCAAUGACAAGUUUGACUACAAGGUGUGGGACUCGUAUUUCUAUCUGUCUGUAAUAUUCAUCAACCAACCCUGUCUUCAACUGGAGUCCUUCUCUCCCUCCAAGAGGAAGAAGAUACUAGAAAAGUACGGAGACAUGAGGGUGAUGAUGGGCUGUGAGAUCUUCAGCAUGUGGCAGAAUUUAGGUGAACACAAGUUGAACUUCAUCCCGGCGAUGAUUGGUCCGUUCCUGGAGGUGACGCUGGUGCCGCAGCCCGAUCUGAGGAACGUCAUGAUCCCCAUCUUCCACGACAUGAUGGACUGGGAGCAGAGACGCAGUGGCAAUUUCAAACAGGUGGAGGCCAAGCUGAUCGACAAACUGGACAGCCUGAUGUCCGAGGGCAAAGGAGACGAGACGUACAGGGAGCUCUUCAACAGCAUAAUUCCUCUGUUUGGUCCGUACCCUAGCCUGCUGAAGAAGAUUGAGAGAGAGACGUGGAGGGAGAGCGGCAUCUCUCUGAUCGCUACCGUCACUCGCUUAAUGGAGAGAUUGCUGGACUACAGGGAUUGUAUGAAGCUGGGAGAGGUGGAUGGUAAAAAGAUUGGAUGUACUGUCAGUUUACUGAACUUCUACAAAACGGAGCUGAACAAAGAGGAGAUGUACAUCCGCUACAUUCACAAACUGUACGACCUGCACUUGAAAGCACAAAACUACACAGAGGCUUCAUACACUCUGUUGCUGUACGACGAGUUGCUGGAGUGGUCUGACCGACCGCUCAGAGAGUUCCUCAACUACCCAAUGCAGAGCGAGUGGCAAAGAAAAGAGUAUCUGCAUCUCACCAUCGUCCAGAACUUCGACAGGGGGAAGUGUUGGGAGAAUGGCAUCAUCCUGUGCAGAGAGCUGGCCGACCAGUACGAGUCUGACUACGACUACAGGAACUUGAGCAAGAUGAGGAUGAUGGAAGCCUCCCUCUACGACAAGAUCAUGGACCAGCAGAGACUAGAACCUGAGUUCUUCAGAGUCGGCUUCUAUGGAAAAAAGUUCCCUUUCUUCUUACGGAAUAAGGAGUUUGUGUGCCGCGGCCAUGACUACGAGAGGCUGGAGGCUUUCCAGCAGCGGAUGCUCAACGAGUUCCCCCACGCCAUCGCCAUGCAGCACGUCAACCAGCCGGACCAGACCAUCUACCAGGCGGACGCACAGUACCUGCAGAUCUACGCCGUAACUCCGAUCCCGGAGAGUCAGGACGUGCUGCAGAGAGACGGAGUGCCCGACAACAUCAAAAGCUUCUACAAGUUCAAUCACAUCUGGAGGUUCAGAUACGACCGGCCCUUUCACAAGGGCACCAAAGACAAGGAGAACGAGUUCAAGAGCCUGUGGGUGGAGAGAACGACCCUGACGCUGGUCCAGAGCCUCCCGGGCAUCUCCCGCUGGUUCGAGGUGGAGAAGAGGGAGUUGGUGGAGGUGAGCCCGCUGGAGAACGCCAUCGAGGUGAUCGAGAACAAGAAUCUGCAGUUGCGCACAUUGAUCACCCAGUGUCAGAGCCGGCAGAUGCAGAACAUCAACCCUCUCACCAUGUGCCUGAACGGGGUCAUCGACGCCGCUGUCAACGGGGGGCUGGCCCGCUACCAGGAGGCCUUUUUCGUGAAGGACUACAUAAUGAAUCACCCCGAGGAUGGAGAGAAGAUCGGGCGUCUGAGGGAGCUCAUGUUUGAACAGGCUCACAUCCUGGAGUACGGCCUCGCUGUGCAUGAAAAGGUUGUUCCUCAGGACAUGAGGCCUCUCCACAAGAAGCUGGUGGACCAGUUUCACUUGAUGAAGUCCAGUCUUGGCAUACAGGAGUUUCCUGCUUAUGUUGGCGCAAGCCCGUUGCACUUCACCAAUGGAAGCCCGCGAACCUGCAGGAACUCUGUGCCCAACAUCAUCAGCCCAGACGGUGGCAGAGGGAUUGUCAGGCGGAGUUACCCGGCGGUGAACCGCUACUCCUCGUCCUCUCUGUCGUCUCAAGCCUCCAAUGAAGUCAGUAACAUCACAGGACAAUCAGAGAGCUCGGAUGAAGUCUUCAACAUGCAGACCAUGGUGCCACCUUUCACCCCUUCGCCCACCGAGUGCCAGUCCGCCAGCCUGGUCUCCAACUCCCCUGUCCUCUCCGGCAGCUACAGCAGCGGCAUCUCCUCGCUCAGUCGCUGCAGCGUGUCGGAGGCCUCGGGCACGGAGCUGCCCGUAGGGGACCAUCCGCCCCACCCGCUGCCUCCGCCCACCACCUUGCCAAACUCCGUCUCCAGCGGCUCCGAUGAGCCUAUCCGCAGGGAGAACAAGACCCCGCCUCCUUACAGCGUGUACGAGAGGAACAACCCGCGCAGACCUGUGCCACUGCCCCACAGCCUCUCCAUCCCCCCGCAGAUUGACCCCCCCGCGCUGCCGCCCAAGCCUCACCAGCUCCGCACGGGCAGCAUGAAGCUGGAAGGAACCUCGGACCCCCGGGUCCCAAGACCAAGGCCUCUGCCCAGGAAGGUGUCCCAGCUAUAG